CCGGGAGCCUGAACGCAAAUGGAGUAGCUUGGAACGCUUUCUCAACAAACUCGUUCCGUCCCAAAACGUGCAUCAUUUCAAGAUUUAUGCAUCUCGCUCACAACGAACUGGCUAGAUAGAGGUUACAGCAUUUUCUUCAACUAGUUAGCGAACUUACUUUAGUUGCACGAAUCUAGCUGCUGCCACCUUUGGCCAAGAAAAAGGAGAAGUCACAACUUGCAGUUUGAGGGUUGUUCUGCGGGAAUGUCGCAGAAAGAAAGACCUAAGUUUUAUCGGCAGGAGGUGACCAAGACGAUUUGGGAGGUACCAGAACGCUACCAGACCUUGUCUCCAGUCGGGUUCGGGGCCUACGGAUCAGUUUGGUAAAUCACGCUUUUGUACUAUUAUGUCUCCGCAGAGAGCUAGCCAAUGUAGCCAUUAAUUUCAAUAAGGACUUCAUAUAUGCUAAAGUUAGCUUUCCGGCUAGUGUAUUCAGAAUAGAACGCUGCCCCGCCGUAAGGCCCAUUCUCGAACUGUGCCAGUGAGAGCGAGCGAACAUGCGAACCCUUGCCCUAACCAGUCUGUCCUCGCACAAUCGAAUAACAUUAGCUGGACUCACCAUUCGCUAAAAUGUUGCCAUAUGAAAUGCUGCAAUGUCCCAGCUACAAAGUUUGCGAGUUACGUGCACGAUUGAAAUGUAGCCAGGUACUUUUAUAGCUUAUCCGAAUAGCAAAAUUCAAUUUAAACGUAUUAAAGCUAUUAAAAUAUUAUGCAAAUUGAUAGCCACAAAGAGAGUUGGGAAGUAGUCCGUGUGGUCGUAAGGGUUAUUGGUUUCGUGUACUUUCUGUUAGGUUAUUUUAUGCUUUAUCUAGUGGGUUGGGUAACGGAUGCAUUUCGGACCCACAGUUUACAGUUCUUUAAUGGAACUGUCGCAGCCGAAGUAGCAAGUUACAUUUGUUGUUAAACCUCCUCAGAGUGAUGACAUGAUGAUGUUAUGAUGACUCAUCGGCCCAGAAUAGGACAAAUUACUCUAACCAGGAUACAUGGCUCACUGGUUUACUGUCUGGACUUGUUCCUUAGAUGUUGAAGAAAGGGGAUAGGGUCUGUCUUGACUUGCUCCGUAGUUGAGGAAACAAGAGAGAGGGUGUGUGUGUGUCUAUUUGAAGGACAUUAACUUCAAGUUAUUAACCUCUUGCCCUUCUAUGUUUUACCAUUUGAAUCCACUUUUAUUGAAGUACUUGCCUGGUCCCAGAUCGGUUUGAGCUUUUGCCUACUCCAUUGUCAUGUUAGCCUAGUUUUUUUUCUUCUCUUCACCAAUACAGGCUCCUGUAAUACUUCUGCUGCUAGGAAACAACAGGACAGGAUAAUCCUUCUAGGAUCAUAUAUUCAGAGGUUUCCUUUACCUUUAGUUAAUGAAAAUGGUCCUAGUAGUACCCUGUAUUACCCUAGUUGUACCCUGUAUUACCUAUUACCUGCUAUGUUAUUAGUAUCAUCUGCUGGGUUGGUGUGUGAGUAAACAUCUAGUUGUUGUUGUGUUCCCCAUAAAGGGCAGCAACUGCUGUGCUGCUGCCAGGCAGAAGGAGGAUUUGUUGAUGGUGGGAUUACUGUUGGGUUAAAAAAGGGAACUGGAAAUCAGACAUUUUUAUACUACAUAAAACAUUUGCUUUAUAUUCAGAAGGACUACCUCGUUUGUGUGCACCCCAGCUCACAUACGUACAACUUUAUCUAAAUGUUUAUGUUUGGUGUGGCCCGGGGACUCCUGACCUCCUUGGUCUUGCAACUAUUUCAUCACAAACAAUUACUCUGCUCCGUACUGUGAGUGUGUACAACAGUUUCUGCUCUCUUGCCAACUCCCUAUGGAAUUGUCAAUGACAGCAAUGGAGUUGGCAAGAGGGUCUAAACAGAUCCAGGCUGGCAGCUGACUUCUCAUGACUGUUAUUUUAUUUUACUUCUGCUCUUUUUUUUCUCAACACUUUUUUUUGUUGUUGUUUUAUUUUUUACUUUUUUUGUUAAAAAUAAAUGCACUGUUGGUUAAGGGCUGUAAGUAAGCAUUUCACUGUGAUGUCUGCACCUGUUGUAUUCGGCGCAUGUGACCAAUAAAAUUUGAUUUGAUUUUGAUUUGUGGUUAGGAAAGAUUCAAAGAGUGAGGAAGUGAGCUGGAGACUUCCCUCCCCUAGUCUCAGUCAGCCAGGGUGAAUCUCCAAAGUAUUAUCCUCAAUUCCUCAGGUCCUCCCUCUCCUUGCCAUCUUCUCAAGACGUCAGAGGAAGAGAGGAGAGCAUUGUUUCAAGUUUCUUAAUGUCACAUGCACAAGUACAGUGAAAUGCCUUUCUUGCAAACUCAAAACCCAACAAUGCAGUAUUACUAGACAAAAGCACACACGAAAUAAGAAUAAGAGAUAUGAAAUACAUGAUUAAGUAAGUAUACUAUAUACAGGAAAUAUUUACAAAGUCAGUUCCAAUACCAUAUUUACAUGUGCAGGGAUACUGGAGUGAUGGAGGUAGAUAUGUAUAGGGGUCAGGUGACUAGGCAACAGGAUAUAAGAUAAACAGAGUAGCAGCAGCUUGCAUGUGAGUGGGUGUGUGCGGGUGUGUAGAGUCAGUAUAAAUGUAUGUGCAUAUUAUGUGUGAGUGAGAAAAUGAUGGAGUGAGUGUUUGUGUGUGUUGGAGUGACAGUGUGUGUUGGAGUGACAGUGUGUGAGUUUGUAGGGCCCUGUGAGUGUUUGUAUUUAUUUGUAUUUUUUAAUUUUACCUUUUUUUAACUAGGCAAGUCAGUUAAGAACAAAUUCUUAUUUACAAUGACGGCCUACACCGUGCAUAGAGACAGGUCGAUAAAGAUACAAGGUAAACUCGGUCCGUGUAGCUAUUCUGUUAGCUAUUUAUCAGUCGUAUUGCUUGGGGAUAGGAGCUGUUCAAGAGCCUGUUGGUGUCAGACUUGAUUCACCGGUACCUCUUGCCGUGCGGCAGCAGAGAAAAUAGUCUAUGGCUUGGGUGGUUGGGGUCUUUGACGAUUUUCCGGGCAUUCUUUUCACGCCGCCUGGAUGGCAGGGAGCUCGGCCCCAGUCAUGUACUGGGCUGUCCUGAUAUAGAGGUCCUGGAUGGCAGGGAGCUCGGCCCCAGUGAUGUACUGGGCUGUCCGCACAAGCCUCUGUAGCGCCAUGCGAUCCAGGGCGGUGCUAUUGCCAUACCAAGCAGUGAUGCAGCCAGUCAUUGGUGGAGAAGAUCCAAGGUGUUUGUCUCCUCCAAUGCUUUCCUCACUUCCCUCUAACGUUUUCAGAAGGCAGCUCCUCUUCCCCUAGCUUGUCAGCCAGACAACACGCCAUUGAAAAGUUGUAGGGAGUAUUGGUUCCAUUUGGGAACCAGCCUCAGUCUGCUGAGAGAUGACAUUUACUUUUCCUCCUCACUUCAGCAGCUCUUGCAUCACUUCAUCUGGUUUCAUGAAAAUAUCAGCCCCUUAGUGGGCCCAUUUUAAAAUGGGUGUUUUUCCUGUGUCUUCUUGGAAAAUGACAGCCUGGCUGCAGCAACCUGCUUCAGGCUGACGCCUAUUUGUGAAGCCUACAAUUCAGAUAGCCUACUGUUUGUAAAAAUCGUGUGCGUAACAUUUUGUCACAACACUGAUUUCUAUUUGAUCUGUACUUUUAACUAUCCGUAACAGUACUUGUAUUGCAGAAAAAUGGGUGCAGCUCUGUUAGAUAAUGUUGACUAAUAUCCACCUCUUGUAGUUGAAAUAAACUAAUUAAUUUUUGUCUUCUCAUCCAGCUCGUCGUACGAUCAGAAGACAGGUCUGAAGAUCGCUGUGAAGAAGCUCUCCCGGCCUUUCCAGUCCAUUAUCCACGCCAAGAGAACCUACAGAGAGCUGCGGCUGCUCAAGCACAUGAAACAUGAGAAUGUGAGUUCUGUCUGUCUUAAAAGCUCCACAACUGAUAAUAGUAACAGGUAGUACUACUGAUAAUAGUAACAGGUAGUACUACUGAUAAUAGUAACAGGUACCCCAGAUUGGGAGACAUGGAAGUACUACUGUCUCUGUCUGUCUCUCUCUUGUCUCUCUCUCUUGUCUGUCUCUCUCUCUCUUGUCUGUCUGUCUGUCUCUCUCUCUUGUCUGUCUCUCUCUCUUGUCUGUCUCUCUCUCUCUCGUCUGUCUCUCUCUCUCGUCUGUCUCUCUCUCUCGUCUGUCUCUCUCUCUCGUCUGUCUCUCUCGUCUGUCUCUCUCGUCUGUCUCUCUCGUCUGUCUCUCUCGUCUGUCUCUCUCGUCUGUCUGUCUCUCUCUCGUCUGUCGCUCUCUCUUGUCUGUCUGUCUCUCUCUCGUGUGUCUCUCUCUCUCUCUUGUGUGUGUCUCUCUCUCUCUCGUCUGUCUCUCUCUCGUCUGUCUCUCUCUCUUCUGUCUCUCUCUCUUGUCUGUCUCUCUCUCUCUUGUCUGUCUCUCUCUCUCUUGUCUGUCUCUCUCUCUCUCUUGUCUGUCUCUCUCUCUCUCUUGUCUGUCUCUCUCUCUCUCUCUUGUCUGUCUCUCUCUCUCUUGUCUGUCUCUCUCGUCUCUCUCUCUCGUCUGUCUGUCUCUCUCUCUCGUCUGUCUCUCUCUCUCGUCUGUCUGUCUCUCUCUGUCUGUCGCUCGCUCUAUGUCUCUCUUUUAAAUGCAGCAGAACUAUGUUGGCUACAUUAAUCAUAUUACUGAAUACAACUGUGCUGCUGACUGAGAUAUCAACUGUAGAAAAAUGUUGGUGGAAGUAUUCCACUGUUCUAGUUCCAAUGCUCCUCUCUGCUGAAACCAACUUCUUGUGCAGUCAUGAAGUCAUUGGGAGAGCGGAUACAAUCUCUCGUUCCCUGUUGCAUUAUUAACUUGACCAUUGGCCUUUCUGUAUUUCAGGUGAUCGGUCUUCUAGAUGUUUUCACACCUGCUACUAGUCUGGAGGAGUUCAAUGACGUGUGAGUUGAGUUAACUGUUAGGCCUAACGUUAGCUAUUUUAUAAUAAUAUAAUAUGCCAUUUAGCAGACGCUUUUAUCCAAAGUGACUUACAGUCAUGUGUGCAUACAUUUUUACGUAUGGGUGUUCCCGGGGAUCGAACCCACUACCCUGGCGUUACAAGCGCCAUGCUCUACCAAUUGAUCUACAGAGGACAACGUAUUUUCUUUAUAUACUGAAUGUCUCUUUAUUACCCCUUCAUAUUUUUCCCUCGUCCAAUACCUAUUGACAGUGGAUCAUUCACUCAGCCAAUGCCUAUCGACAGUGGAUCUUCAGACACCAACAGUGGAUCAUUGCCUCACUUCAGACACUAACAGUAGCCUUCAGUGUCUUUCUUUUCCCAGCAGCAGAGAUCAAACAAAGCCUGCUCUGCCUGGGAAACUCCUGGGGUACCUGUUACUAUUAUCAGUAGUAGUACUACCUGUUACUAUUAUCAGUAGUAGUACUACCUGUUACUAUUAUCAGUAGUAGUACUACCUGUUACUAUUAUCAGUAGUACUUCCGUAUCUCCCAAUCUGGGGAACUGGUUACUAUUAUCAGUAGUAGUACCCAUACGUAAAAAUGUAUGCACACAUGACUGUAAGUCGCUUUGGAUAAAAGCGUCCGCUAAAUGGCUUAUUAUUAUUAUUAUUAUUAUUAUUAUUAUUAUGACUUGUUACUAUUAUCAGUAGUACUACCUGUUACUAUUAUCAGUAGUACUACCGUAUCUCCCAAUCUGGGGUACCUGUUACUAUUAUCAGUAGUAGUACUACCUGUUACUAUUAUCAGUAGUAGUACUACCUGUUACUAUUAUCAGUAGUAGUACUACCUGUUACUAUUAUCAGUAGUAGUACUACCUGUUACUAUUAUCAGUAGUAGUACUACCUGUUACUAUUAUCAGUAGUAGUACCUGUUACCAAUGUUCCCUCUAAGCUGCGUGAGUGCUCGGGCGCCACUAUCAACGUUUCCCUUUAGUGUGGCAAUUGUGAUCGUAUCAAUGCAAUAUUAGCCACUUUCAAUGCAGCAAACCGAAACAAAACGAACUAUGCAAUAUAUUGUUUUGUAGGCAGAACUCCUCGGAGUAGGAUUAUAUUGCACACGACUCAGCCUGUACUCUACACAUACCGGUGCGGCAUAACCAAUCAGAGCCAUCAGACCAUUGCCAUAUAUGGAUCUGUGCCAUUUACUUUGAACUGGACUGUGUUUACAGCAUGAGUGGUCGUGAGUAGAUGCACUUGUUUUGGGAUCAAAGCAAGAGCUGCAUGUAGCCACGUGUACACAUUUUGUUCAUAUCCUUUGCUAUUUUUUUAUUUUUAUUAUUUUUUAUUUAUUUUUGUCAUUUAGCAGACGCUCUUAUCCAGAGCGACUUACAGUUAGUGAGUGCAUACAUUAUUUUUUUAUUUUUCAUACUGGCCCCCCGUGGGAAUCAAACCCACAACCCUGGCGUUCCAAACGCCAUGCUCUACCAACUGAGCUACAUCCCUGCCGGCCAUUCCCUCCCCUACCCUGGACAACGCUUGGCCAAUUGUGCGCCGCCCCAUGGGUCUCCCGGUCGCGGCCGGCUACGACAGAGCCUGGAUUCGAACCAGGAUUUCUAGUGGCACAGCUAGCACUGCGAUGCAGUGCCUUAGACCACUGCGCCACUCGGGAGGUCAGUUAGUAUGUUAUUAGCCCAGUUAUAGAUAAUUUGUAGUCAGAAAUAGGGGAGUGAUUACUUCCUACAAGAGCACAAAACGUGUACAUUUCUAGACAUUAGUGUGUGACUAUUAUCAGUAGCAGUACAACCUGUGACUAUUAUCAGUAGCAGUACAACCUGUGACUAUUAUCAGUAGCAGUACAACCUGUGACUAUUAUCAGUAGCAGUACAACCUGUGACUAUUAUCAGUAGCAGUACAACCUGUGACUAUUAUCAGUAGCAGUACAACCUGUGACUAUUAUCAGUAGCAGUACAACCUGUGACUAUUAUCAGUAGCAGUACAACCUGUGACUAUUAUCAGUACAACCUGUGACUAUUAUCAGUAGCAGUACAACCUGUGACUAUUAUCAGUAGCAGUACAACCUGUGACUAUUAUCAGUAGCAGUACAAACCUGUGACUAUUAUCAGUAGCAGUACAACCUGUGACUAUUAUCAGUAGCAGUACAACCUGUGACUAUUAUCAGUAGCAGUACAACCUGUGACUAUUAUCAGUAGCAGUACAACCUGUGACUAUUAUCAGUAGCAGUACAACCUGUGACUAUUAUCAGUAGCAGUACAACCUGUGACUAUUAUCAGUAGCAGUACAACCUGUGACUAUUAUCAGUAGCAGUACAACCUGUGACUAUUAUCAGUAGCAGUACAACCUGUGACUAUUAUCAGUAGCAGUACAACCUGUGACUAUUAUCAGUAGCAGUACAACCUGUGACUAUUAUCAGUAGCAGUACAACCUGUGACUAUUAUCAGUAGCAGUACAACCUGUGACUAUUAUCAGUAGCAGUACAACCUGUGACUAUCUCCCUUCCUAACCUUGGUAAUAGUUACUCACUGGCUGCCUUGGCUUCAGUCAGUUACGGUUUGUUGAUGUUGAAAGUCAGAAAGAAGAGGAAGUGGACAGAUUGUUCAGCUAGCUGCCUUCUCCCUCUGGUGUGUGUGGGGGUGCCUGGCUGAGAGAGAGUGUCGACACACAAGCCUGGGCCUGCUGCUGUAGGAGAAUGUGCAGAAAAAACCCUGUUCCUACUCUCUAGAAGCCUCCUGAGUGCCUGAGUCUGUUAGUGCUAUUUGCCAUGUUUGUCUUGACUUUGACAGCAAUGAAGAGCACAAACUGACCUGGGACCAGGCUAGCACUCUGGCAGCUCCACCACCGACAGGCAGGGGUAACUGAAGUGUGCUCUCAGCCUCUCAGAUGCCCCCCUGUUCCAGGUAGAUGAACACCCUGUACCACAGUGUAGUGGGGGGGAGGGGGGGGGUCACAUGCCACAUGCCACACAGAGAGAGGGAGGGUAGAGAAGGAGAGAGAGGGGUCUGGAGAGAGGGAAAAAGAUAUGUGAAACAGCUGCAGUGGUAGAAGCUGCUCUCUCACACAGAAUGAUCAAAAGGGAAUCAAGGCUAUUUUCAGCUUAUGCAAAUCAUCUGUGUUCAACAUAUGCCUGCAGGACAGAGGAGCAAAGGGAGGGGUUUUCAAACUGCUGUACAGGAAAAAUAUGGGAUAUGUUAUGCAGAGGUGCUGUAUCUGUGGUUCGCCCAAACAGCUCCUAAAAUAUGUGACUCACAAAACAGUUCAUAGCUCCUCUACCCCUGAGAGGGAGGGAGGGAGGGAGAGCAUGGAUCAACAGGGAUGGGGGCUCAGUAUUUAUAUACCUCAUUUAUACCCCUUCCUCUCUCCCUCUCUCUGAUUGAAACCUCCAUGUGCUCCUCCUGUAUGUUUUGGCUCCUCUUUCUCCUCCCCUUCAGAAGUACUUUACCACUGUUUGGGCUUGUUUCAUCCACUAUGGGAUUAGAUUUGAAUUACAAAGAUAAGUGGGUUUAAUGGACCUGAAUUUUGUUUAAUGACAUUCUAUUCGUGGAAGGCUCGCCUUGCUGUGGCUUCUAGAGAGAAGGAAUGUGUGUGUGGGGAGCAGCCGCUCAACCGGUUUCAGCUGGCAAAAACAGACACUGUUGCCUUACAAUCAAAGUGUUAUUGACAACUUGUAAGCUAUAUUUCGUCAACAAAUAUUUGUUGUGAAAACAAAUACAUUUGCCCAACAAGCACGUGUUUGUCUCAAAUACAUUGUUACAGUUGUUGGUUAGCUAGCUAGCAAAUUUGAGACAUAUUUGUAUUGACAUCACAUCAGUCAAAACAAGAGAUUUUACAUGACAUUUUAGUCAUUUAGCAGACGCUCUUAUCCAGAGCGACUUACAGUUAGUGAGUGCAUACAUUUUUCAUACUGAUGGUAUCAAGAACAAGAUAGAACUAGCUGAAACAAGCCAUCUACGAUUCACACCACAUCACUUUCUUGUCAUUGUUGCCUUCUAUCUGACCGUUCAGACAACACACAGCCUUUUACCUCUUUGCACGUGCAUUAUUGUGGGGAUGUUGUCAGCCCACCCGUCUAUAGAAACACAUGCAUGUGAAUUGUGAAUGUAUGUGUCUAUGGGUAAAACAAAUAUAAUGAAGAGUUUUGGGAAAAUGUAUCCGUUUGUCUAUAUGGGUGGGAAACAGAUGGCACGUCGUAAUACAGUGGAGUUGGUGAGCGUUAUGGGUUCACUGGGAACAUUAACCAGACAAUGAACCAUUGGCCAACUACAGAAACAUAUGUCACACUAGUGGACUAUGUAACAGUGAGAAACAGAUGGUAGUCGAUCUCUUAAUACCACAGAGUCUCUAAACCCAGAGGUGCAACAAUGCGAGACUUCUGGGAACGCUUGCGAAAAUUGUAAAUUGUUUUUCGAAAUGUAAAGGCACAACCUAGAUUGGAGCCAAUGUCUUCAGUAGUUGAACAUGUUAUUACUCCAACCUCGUGAAAGUGACAAACUGACACCUUUUCAUUUUCGUAAAAAAACUACUUUAUAAUCUGACGGCCAGCGCAGUUCGGCACAAGACAACCGUUAGACCCGAUGACGUGUUUUUGCACGUGAGCUUAGCUAGCCAACGUUUCAAUGACAGUGCCUACAUGCGUGAUCGGGGAUUUCUAUUGGAGAAGCACUUUCUACAUAUCUUCAUACUAAACCGUCUUUGUUAAUACAGUGGAGUUGUUUAGUUUGAGCUUGUGUCUUGUUGUGAUUUGUAGGUACCUGGUGACCCACCUGAUGGGAGCGGACCUCAACAACAUAGUCAAGUGUCAGAAGCUGACAGACGACCAUGUACAGUUCCUCAUAUACCAGAUCCUCCGGGGGUUAAAGGUGAAACAACAUGCCUGGAGAUUUAAACAUUCUUCAACUAACUGCCAUUCACAGUUGUUGACCAGUGUUGUGUACAUUCCCAGCAGGCAAAAUUGUUGAAAUGAAGUCAAAUGUGUGUCAUUUCAACCAGUUUUGCCUGCUGGGAUGUACCUCAAAACUACAAACCUCUGAGCUAAAACGUAUGAUUCAUGAUGUUGAUUUAAUCUAAUGCCUUUGCUCUCCUUCACCCCUCUCUCCUCAGUAUAUCCACUCAGCAGAUAUCAUUCACAGAGUAAGUCUCCUCUCCUGUUUGAUUCAACCCACAGUGAAACAGUCCUUCCCAGUUGACAACACUGUGUCUUGUGUUAGUUUAUGGCUACUUGGUUCACUUCCACAUGGCAGGUUCAGGCUUAGGCCCUCGCCCUGGCCCUGGCUCGCUCCUUAAUCAAACACUAUAAACCACAGAGAAAGUGAAACUGUAAACAGUACCUCUGUUUUGUACCGUGACCGAGUCAAUGAUUCAGAGAUGCUGUUUUGAAAGAACUAAUCUGAUUGGUUAGAGAUUGAGUCAGUCUUGCAGAAGCACUGUAGAAGUUUUGUAGGAGCACUUGUACAGAUAGUGGUGGUUUGGUUUGAGAGAAUCUAGACUCAAUUGAGAAAGCCCAUUCAGAUCUGGCCUCAUGUAGGUAGUCUGUAAUAAUAUAGGAACAAUAAUGUCUUGUCUCCAAUCGCUCUUCAGGACCUGAAACCCAGCAACCUGGCUGUGAAUGAGGACUGUGAGCUGAAGGUAAGGGAGUUUAUUAUUGGCCCAUUAAUUCAAACUGGAUUCAUCUUGAAUUGUCGGGACAGGAGUGUCAGACAGUCUGCCUGAGGGGGUAACCAAGCACACCCUGAUGACAUGGUGUUAUUAAAAGUUCGCUGCAAGGAGAAAACAGUGUGUGACCUUUGUGUUCACUAUCUUGAAGUACAACAUGGUUUUGUUGUGUCUGUCCACCUCAGAUUCUGGACUUUGGGUUGGCACGGCACACUGAAGAUGAGAUGACUGGUUACGUUGCCACUCGCUGGUACAGGGCCCCAGAGAUCAUGCUGAACUGGAUGCAUUACAACAUGACAGGUACUGUAGCUAGAGAUCUGAGUGGUGUAGACGGCCUGCAUCUGCUCACUGUAGACAUGUUUACGAGCUAUCCAUUUAGGCUACACGUUGUUGAUGUACUUUGAUCUUGGGCCAACGGUCCUGCCAUGUGGAUGUCAUAAUAGCAGGACAUUGUAAAUGGACAUGCUGAACAUAAUGUUUUCCACCCUAUAUGUAACAGUAGAUGUGUUAUUCCUCUAUGUAAUAGUAGACGUGUUAUUCCUCUAUAUGUAACAGUACACAUUUGUAUAGCACUUUGUGACAUCUGAUGAUGUAAAAAGGGCUUUAUAAAUACAUUUAAUUCGUUUGUUAACCUCUAUGUAACCGUAAUGUGUUAUUCCUCUGUCACAGUAGACGUGUUAUUCUUCUAUAUGUUACGGUAGACAUGUGUUAUUCCUCUAUAUGUUACGGUAGACAUGUGUUAUUCCUCUAUAUGUUACGGUAGACAUGUUAUUCCUCUAUAUGUUACGGUAGACAUGUGUUAUUCCUCUAUAUGUUACGGUGGACAUGUGUUAUUCCUCUAUAUGUUACGGUAGACAUGUGUUAUUCCUCUAUAUGUUACGGUAGACAUGUGUUAUUCCUCUAUGUUACGGUAGACAUGUGUUAUUCCUCUAUAUGUUACGGUGGACAUGUGUUAUUCUUCUAUAUGUUACGGUGGACAUAAUUAUUUUCUCUAUAUGUUACAGUGGAUAUUUGGUCUGUGGGAUGCAUCAUGGCUGAACUCCUCACUGGCAGAACGCUGUUUCCCGGUACUGACCGUAUCCUUUCAUUGCCCUAACCUCAGUUACCCUACUAUGGGUCUAAUAUGAGUACCUAAGCUGAAACGUCCUCUACUUUGUGAGUAUGCCUGACCUACCCGUUUUCGUGACUAACCUUCGAGUGGUUGGUGGUGAGAUUCCCACACAAUAUGUCCUUAGUGAAUCACAUCGGAUAAGACCGGAGUACACAAAGAAUCUUGCUGCUGGUGAUUGAUUGACAUGAUGCUAACAGCUUUUUGCAGGUCCAGACAGUAGCAGAAGAUGACUGACCGUGUGUGACCUAAAAUAAUGUGUUCUAAGCUUCAAUGUUCCUAACCUGUUGUUCUGCAAAACUAACCCCACUAUGGUGCCUCGAUGCCUCUUCAACUAACCCCACUAUGUUGCCUCUUGACGUUUCUUCAACUAACCCCACUAUGGUGUUUCUUCAACUAACCCCACUACGGUGCCUCAAUGUUUCUUCUCUUGCGAUCAGCUCUGCUGUCUCUCUCCCUACAGCAUGCCAUGAGGCUGACUUGCACUGUAGAAGAGCUCAUAGUUUGUCAGUUUCUGUAGCCACGCUCAUUUCUACUUCUCCACACUUGGUCUCUAAAACUCUGUUUUGUCAGGCUUCCUGGCCUCCUUCAAUUGUCUGUCAGAUGCACACUGCCUCCUCUUCUGUAACACGUGUAUAAUAGUAUGCUGGUCUGUAUGAGAAUGUUUUGAUCUGGAUCCGCUGAAUGAGUCUGGCACUGAUCUUUGUAUUGCCUUGCCUGUCUGUCAGUGUUUUUAGAGGUACUAACAGCAAGGCGUUUAAAGAUGCAUUCCCUGCGGUGUGUUUACCCAUUACAUGACCUAGUUCUUUUCCAGCACGAUGACACCUAACAAUUCCAAUUGGGGCCCUGUGUUUUGCGCAAUCAUGUGUCAUAGCAAGAUUUUAAAGAUUUAAAUAAAGGUUAAAAUCCAAGUAUGUUACAUGAUUGCGCAAAACGCAGAGCCCUACAUAUAAUAUAGGGUCAUGUUGUUGAUUUUCAACCGUUCACAGAGUAGCUGCGAUGUCAAUGGAGACAGUUGAUAUAAAUAUUCUGAUAUAGUUUAUACAAGUAUGUUACACUUAGUUUAUAAUAUAUGUUAUAGUCCGUGUGAAACUCUGAAAAUGCAAUGUCCCAGGCUGCUUUUGUGAUUGUUCUUGGUUCCAUUGUGCCAGGCAAGCUCAAUCAGUUAUUUUAAAGACAACAUACUGUUGUUGCUGGUUCCUCUCCCCUCCGCUGCCAGCUCCUGUUGAUCCUUUACACACAGUACCUGUUAGACAUUGAUCAGUUGAAGCUAAUAAUGCUGCUCGUUGGGACGCCAGGGCCUGAGCUCUUGAUGAAAAUCUCCUCAGAGUCUGUGAGUUAUACACAUCGUUAUUAUGCUACAAGGUCUUUGGUUGCUUAAAUUGCUAAAGGGCCUGAUAAUUAUUUGUUUUUGCAUCAAUUUGUGAAGUGUGUUUAUAAUCUUCAACAACCAUUUGACAUGUUUACAUCCUCUUAAAUCUCUGUCAAAUGCAACACCUGUUUUGAUUUAAACUAAUUCUUCACCCUUCUCAGGGCUCUACAGUGCGGCCAUUUUACUCCAACUUGCGCCUAAAUAUUUUGCUGUGCGACCUGUAUUUUUUUUAUGUAGGAGCACCAGUGAGCCUAGAAAAAUGACAAAUUAUAUCUGUAUUCCCCAAAAAUAUUUUUCAUUGUGCUCCUACAUUUUUUGAAACAAAUAAAGGUCAGCGUAGAGCCCUGCUUCUAUGUUCAAAGCUUGGGUUUCACUGCUAUGGUUGAUUAACUUGACUUUCUCCUGACUAAUUGAACGUUCUCUUCUCUACCAUAACCUCAAGCAUGCUACCAAUCACACAGUACCUGUUAGUACCUCAAGCAUGCUACCAAUCUGCCUUACACACAUCUUUACAAUCUCACCCUCUUUUGUUAGCUUUCCCUACAAAGAUGGCACUAUUCCCUUUUUGCACAGCGUCUUAGGAGUUGAGCCAUACCAUAAAACUCCUAGAGAAGACUGUUAGCCCGCUGAGCUAAAGCCUAGGCCAGAAAGCCAGGCAUAAGCUCGGGAGCUAACACGAGUCAUCAGGUCUCCCACUGACUAGCUGUUUAUCAACUCACCGUCUUUGCUAUACUGCUGUCUGUACUGAUACCCCUUGACCCGUACCUGAUAGAUAUAAACCAGCUUCAGCAGAUAAUGUGUCUGACUGGAACGCCCCCAGCCUCUCUAAUAAGCAGGAUGCCAAGCCACGAGGUGAGCAGGACCAAAUUACUCAAUUCAAUGCAUUCUCUAUGGGGCCAAGCGAGGAUUCGAACACAAGUCCUCGAACCUGCGUGCCACAAGACUGUUAGCCCCAGGGUUGGGGUAAAUUCCAUGUCAAUUCAGGAAGUAAACUGAAAAUUGCACUUUUACUUCCUGAGUUGACAGAAUUGACCCCAACCCUGGUUAGUACGAACCACCGCCGUUACAUCUAGCCCAGAGCAAAGCCACAUACCGAGGGCCCCAAUAUUACAACCUCCUUAGAGGAUAUUUGCUCCCACAUAAAGAGGAAGUAGACAAAAAAAACAUGUAACAUUUGAUAUUUUGACCUUUCUGCUUUUUUAGACUUGUAGGUUUCAAUUUCCUACUACCCACACCACUCUAUUGUAACCACUGAGUGGCAUCUGAUGCCUGCUGCACGUCAAUGCAAGUCCAGCAGCAACUACUCUCUUGCCUUCUAAUGUUUUGGUUUGCCAUAGCAGUGUUGUAUAAGGUAUUAAUAUGCCUAGAAUUGCACACUAACAAACUAUGGCACAUUGCCUGAACCAUAAUCUGUUUGAAUUGAAACACUUCCUCCUCUGACAACAGUGUGGUAAGGAAAGUAGGAACUGAAAUUGACAGAAUUGUUGAAGUGUGAACUACUACAUUAUAAGACUGCAGCCAAAUAAAGAAACAAUACUCCGUUAUAAUACUCUUAUUCUCCUAUUGCUUUCCCUCUCUGCACAUUCACCAAAUCUGCUAUUAAACCCUUUCUUGCCAGUGCUGAUAAUUAAUCCCCACUUGCCAAUGCUGCCAUGUGACUAUGGUUGGGAGUAAAUCUACUCGCAUUUCUCCUGAUGAGGGCCUCUCUAAUGCUUGUCUGCAUCCCAAAUGGCAGUCUAUUCCUCUUUUAUAGUGCACAGUCACAAGUGGGUACAUGGGGACUGUUGUGCCAUUUGGGACAUGCCCUUGUCUAAUAUGGGACUAACUAAUCUUUACUCUCUGAAUACAAGAUUAGUGGCUGUUUUCCCAGACCCAGAUUAAGACAUUUUUUUUUUUGUUGCCCAGAAUAAGUUGCCUUAAUCGGGGUCGGGGGAAACCGGCCCUAUAACCCCAAAAGAAAAGUGGUCAUCUUGUGGCUUUUGAAGUGUGUUCCAAAUGGCACCCUAUUUUCUACAUAGUGCCCUAUGGGACCUGGUCAAACGCAGUGCAUUAUAUAGGUAAUUGGGUGAUGUUUUAGAUGCCAGCCCUGUUUUGCGUUCUAUUGGCCUUUGACCUCCCAUCUCUUUACUCCCAUUGGUUUACAGGCAAGGAACUACAUCAACUCCUUGCCUCCGAUGCCUAAGAGGAAUUUUUCUGACGUGUUCAUCGGCGCCAACCCACAAGGUAGUGUUGGAAGCAUUUUACACUCAAAACACAUAGCUGUAAAUCAGAUCCCAAGAUGUUAUAGUUUGUGAUGCUAAUGAGAGGGAGGAGUUCUAAGACGGCCUGCUGCAGCCGUUUUCAAAAAGCAUCUUAGAGUAGGUGCUUAUCUAGGUUCCCCCUGUCCAUACAAUCUUUUAUUGAUUUAUGACCAAAAAUGGAAAAAAAUAAUCCUAUAACAGCACUCCUACUACACUGAGAGUCUCUGUGAAUAUGGACCCUGUUGAUGAGGAUUAUGUUUUUCUGCUUGUAGCUGUGGACCUGCUGGAGAAGAUGUUGGUUCUGGACACCGAUAAGAGGAUCACGGCUGCCCAGGCUCUGGCCCACCCCUACUUCUCCCAGUACCAUGACCCAGACGACGAACCCGAGGCUGACCCCUACGACCAGAGCUUUGAGAGCCGCUUGCUUGAGAUCGAGGAAUGGAAACGUAUGUUGAAUGGAAUACACAGGGUCAUUAUGAGAUGAUUUUAAGACCUUCUAAAGGGGUUAUACAUGCUCAUGACAAGUCUUGCAAUGAAUGCAUUAUUAUAACAGCAUCAUGCAUUAUACCUGAAUGCUUUAAGUAAAAUGUGACCAAACCUUUUGUCCAUCUUGCAAAAUAAAUGUAUUUUGCUCUGCUCUGCUCACACCCCCUCGGACAGCUCUGAAACACUUGCAAAACACAUUUCUCUCUCUCUCUCUCUCCUCACAGGGCUGACCUUUGAGGCAGUGUGUGAUUUUGAACCACCCAUCUUCGAUGGAAACGACAUGGAAUCGUGAUUGGGCGAUGUGAUUUCUACUAGCCCCUCCCCCGUCACCUCCACAACUCUAUCACUGAGGUUCCCUCUUAUCAUACGACCUUUUGGAAAAACAAUAUCAUAAUCUGAGUGCCUACAAACGUUUGUCUAUUGUUAGUUAUAUUUCUUAAGCUCGCACUCUCUCUCCCACCAUUUUGACUCAGUAAGGUGUUGCCAGGGAAACGUUACAAAAAUAGCCUGGUCCCAGAUUCGUUGGUGCUUUGGCAUGACAAUGGCCAUGGGAGUUGGCUGUACAGCCCAAACAGAUAUGGGACCAGGCUUGACCUACAAUGGAGGAUAGGAGAGCGACAUUUUAAGAGCUGUUAAGUCGGUGUUAACUAAUACUGAUUGUAUGUGUCUACUGCAGUGUGUUUUCAAUGGAGAAACGGAGGCAAGCAGAAACCAACCACUAAUACCAUUAUUGGUCCAUUUCUGAAACAUGUCAUGCUACUUUUAUUGUCUCUACAUGUGCAUCCGAAAUGGCACCCUAUUACCUAUUUAGUGCACUACUUUUGACCAGGGCUCUAUAUAGGGAAUAGGGUGCCAUUUGGAAUA